AUGGCAUCGCCGUCGACAUCUGCUGACGCGUUUGAGACUUGCCAAAAGUGUUUGGCGGGUAGCGCCGCCGCCGCCAUCAGCAAGACAACAACUGCACCAUUCGACAGAGUCAAAUUGGUCCUUCAGCUACAACGCGCUGGAACCAGUGCUGAAUACAACGGAAUCAAAGAUUGCAUCACAAAAAUUCAUGUCGAACAGGGAGUGCUUGCACUAUGGCGUGGAAAUGGCGCCGGCGUCGCGCGAUGUCUGCCGAAUCACACGUUGAACUUUGCCUUUCGCGAUAUCUAUCGCAAAUUGAUAUUGAAAGAUGUCGAUAGGAAAUCCGAGUUCAAAAAGUUUCUCGCAGGAACCUUUGUAUCAGGGGGUCUUGGAGGAGCCACAACAUUAUCGCUGCUGUAUCCAUUGGAUUUCGCAAGGACUCGCUUAGCGGUUGACACCAAUCCGGAUGGAUCGAAAAAAUAUAAUGGCAUGGUUCAAUGCCUUCGCAAAAUCAGUGCAAAAGAAGGAAUCGGCGCUUGGUACAAAGGCCUCUCUUCCGCCUUGCAAUUCGUCGUAGCAUCGCGUGCAAUCUUUUUCGGUAUUUUUGAUAGUAUUCGCACCAGCGUCAAUGACCCAAACUCGCUCAAUUUUGCUGCAUGCUGGGCUAUUGCUCAGGUUUCUAUCAUCACUAGCGGAUUGACAUGCUACCCGCUGGACACUAUUCGACGCAGUAUGAUGUUGCAAUCGGGUAAACGUGUCAAAAUCUAUACGAGUAACAUGGACUGCUGGAAGAAAAUCUACAAGAAGGAUGGUGUUUGUGGAUUCUAUCGUGGCGCACUCACCAAUUCGUUGCGAUCAACUGGUGGCGCACUAAUAAUAACAUUCUACUACGAGUUUUCAAAAUAUUUGUGA